AUGGCGGACAUUUCAAAAAUGACAAAGGAGGAGAUGCUCGCCCAAAGUAAUAUUGGGAAAGGAGAUCUUGUGAUCGGCCAGGAAUACUUUGGAUCUACGAUCACAAGUGUCAAGCAAGAAGUCACGGAGAAGGAUGAUUAUUAUCACAUCAAACGAACUGUUUCAUUGGCGAACGGCUUUAUGCUGAUGGAAGAGUCAAAAAGGCAUACUAGUAAUGGAGUGGUGGAAUCUAAAGAAUAUGGAGCGGAUGCUGAAGACGCGGAGCCAGCACCAAAGAAGGAUGAUACUGAAGCUCGGGAAAAAGCUCGAGCGCUAUUGGCGAAGCGUAAAUCCGAUAAAGCCUCAAAGAAGAAGGACAAGGUCAAAAAGGAAAAGAAGAAGAAGAAGAAGAAGAGGGAAAGUAAAACAGAUGAUGAAGAACCUGAACCUGGGAGUUCUGCAAACAAGUCAGAAGAAUUGAAGCCACCCGAGCCUGAACCUGAACCUGAGCCUGAACCUGAGCCUGAACCUGAGCCUGAACCUGAACCUGAGCCUGAACCAGUCCGAAGAGCUCCGUCACCAUCUCCUGAACCAGAGCCGGAACCUGAACUUGAACCGGUCCAAAGAGCUCCAUCACCGUCUCCAGAGCCGGAACCUGAACCUGAACCAGAGCCAGUGCCUGAACCGGAACCGGAACCAAAAAAGCCUGGAAUCUUGGACGAUAGCUGGGAUAUUCUUAACGCUAGGGUGUAUCCAAAAUCUGAAGCACCAGCGACUGCAAAUGAGGAUGAAGACGAACCACACGAAGGUGUUUGGAAGCACGAUGACACUACAGAUGAAUCUCAGUGGCCUACAAUGGAUGUCGAAAUAUAUAGAGAGAAACCGACGGAUCUAAAGAAAGAAGAACCAUGCGGAAUCGUUUCAGUAGGAAAUGAUUCGAAACCAAAUCGAGUUGGAAAGUUGAAUCCUGAUCAACUCAAAUUCUUUGCGCCUGGAGAGAAGCAGGAUCCUGGAGACUGGAGUUUGGGAUUCUGGAGGCCAAAAUAUGAUAGAGAUAUGUCCUGGAAACCACCAGGUCCAAAGAUGAAAGACGAACCCAAGAAAUUGGAUCUUCCAGAUUGGCUCAAAAAUAAGAACUUUGCUCCUCAGAAAGCAACUGUAUAUCCUCUACAGAAAGCACCAAAGAGUGUCAUCGAUGAUAAACCGCGUGGGGUUUGGAAACCUAAAAUCCCAAUACCGGAUGAUGUCAAACCAGAGGAAAUCGUUUUGCAUCCAACAAGCGCAACUAUUGACGACGGUAAGAAGAAUGGCCUGUGGGGGACCAAACCAGAUUCGACGCCAAAUGACAACGGCCAAUGGCAACCCGAACAUCUCCUCGUAUAUCCGCCUGGUGAAACUCCUGAUGAUGACAACGAAUGCACCCUUCGUGGGAAAUGGGAUAAACCAGAGGACGAGAAGAAAACUCCCGGUAAACUCGCUCCACCGACGGACGAAAAAAAACCGAACGAUGGGAAGAAAAGUGUUGGAAAACUUAAAUUACCUGGUGUAUUCGGCAGUCAGCCAGCUUCCGAUACGUUGAGUAGCGCUGCCCCCAGAGGAAGAAAGUGGACUCCAAAACCAAAGCCAGCAGCCAAACCUGACGAGGAAGGAACAGAUUCAGCUUUGAAGCCUGGAGAGAAAUCGAUUGAUGCCCCAGCUGCGGUUGCUGAUUGGGAUAAAUUCCAAGCAACCGUUGUUCCACUAUCCAAGAAACGACUUGGAGCCGAUCUGGCAACAAAGAAAGGAGAUUGUGUUGGAGUAUGGGAGACUGAGGAUGGUACAGACGAUUCAGGUUGGGAUCCCUUACAUGUUGUUGUCUACAGAACCAAACCAGAUAAUAUUAAACCUGAAGAUUCAACUGGACUUGUGGCCAUCCCAGAGGAUGUUAAAGACAAACCCAUCCGGAAGUUGAUGCCAGAGCAAAUAAAAUUUUUUUUACCUGGGUUGAAGCCAAGUGACGAGUCUAGAGACAAAUUGAUAGGGUCAUGGGUUGGAGGCAGCUUCCCACCGUCAAGCGAAAGUGCCCCAAAAAAUCCAAAAAUUGGAAACUUUCCCAUUUGGACAUGUGGUAAGGAAUCGAUCCCUAUAAAGGCUCUUGUCUUCCCACGGCAAAGGGCUCCAAAAGAGAAUAAAAUGGACGAAGAUCCAAAGGGAAUUUGGAAGUCCAAGGACCCGCUUCCCGAUGACUGGGUUCCAAAGGAAGUCAUCAUCCACCCGAAUAAUGCAUCAAUUGACAAAGGCACUCCAAAUGGUGUUUGGGGUACGAACUUGAAUUCAGCACCUGACAAAGAUGGACAAUGGAAACCAGAAGAUGUACUCUUUUAUCCACCAAAUGAAUCUCCUGAUGAUGAUUGUAAUACGCUGGGUAAAUGGACUCUUGGCGACAAUGAAGAAUGGCCACCUACUUCAGAUGGACCAACAAAGCCACAGCGCUCCCAUUCUCCUCACUAUGCCCGUGAUGUUGGCGAUCGGGGAAGACAGAUUCCUGACGAUAUUCCAAGAGAGAUUAUGGGUAUCCCGGACGAGCUUCCACCGUGGCAAAAGGACAAUGAUUGGAAAGAUGGAAAGGCUGUCGUUUAUCCUGAAGGAAAGGCUCCCAAGAACAACAAUGAUAACGUUUCGCGAGGCACAUGGCGAUCAAGAGACACAUUACCCGACGACUGGAUCCCGCAAGAGGUCACAAUCUAUCCGCAGCAUACGGCUGUAAGUGACGAUAUGCCAAACGGGGUGUGGGGGACUGACCCUACUUCAAAACCUGAUGAGAACGGUCAAUACAAGCCAAAGGAUGUGGUUUUCUAUCCUCCAAGUGAGACUGUAGAUGAAGAAGUCACACCCCGUGGAAAGUGGGCUCUUGGAGAAAAGAGUAAAUGGCCGCCGCCAUCUGAGUCGCCCCAAAAACCUCGAAGAACAUUCUCACCGUACCAGCCAAGGCAAGCAGACAUGGAAAAUGAACCGGGAAUGAUUGGGACAAUAUCAAUGGGCGGUGACAAUGAUUGGGUGCCAAUCAAGGCUAUUGUCUUUCCUACCAAGCAAGCUCCAGAAGAGAACAAAGUUGAUGAAGAGCCAAAGGGAAUUUGGAAGUCCAAGGACCCGCUUCCGGAUGACUGGGUUCCAAAGGAAGUCAUCAUCCACCCAAAUAAUGCAUCAAUUGCUGAAAACACUCCAAACGGUGUUUGGGGUACGAACUUGAAUUCAGCACCUGACAAAGAUGGACAAUGGAAACCAGAAGAUGUACUCUUUUAUCCACCAAAUGAAUCUCCUGAUGAUGAUUGUAAUACGCUGGGUAAAUGGACUCUUGGCGACAAUGAAGAAUGGCCACCUACUUCAGAUGGACCAACAAAGCCACAGCGCUCCCAUUCUCCUCACUAUGCCCGUGAUGUUGGCGAUCGGGGAAGACAGAUUCCUGACGAUAUUCCAAGAGAGAUUAUGGGUAUCCCGGACGAGCUUCCACCGUGGCAAAAGGACAAUGAUUGGAAAGAUGGAAAGGCUGUCGUUUAUCCUGAAGGAAAGGCUCCCAAGAACAACAAUGAUAACGUUUCGCGAGGCACAUGGCGAUCAAGAGACACAUUACCCGACGACUGGAUCCCGCAAGAGGUCACAAUCUAUCCGCAGCAUACGGCUGUAAGUGACGAUAUGCCAAACGGGGUGUGGGGGACUGACCCUACUUCAAAACCUGAUGAGAACGGUCAAUACAAGCCAAAGGAUGUGGUUUUCUAUCCUCCAAGUGAGACUGUAGAUGAAGAAGUUGUCCCCCGUGGACGAUGGGAGUUGGGAGAAAAGAGUAAAUGGCCACCACCAUCUGAACUACCAAGGAAACCCCACCGCACUGUCUCUCGUAAUCUGGAGCCAACUACCAAGACCAAAGAAGGUGAUGCAGAUGGGAAACCAGCAGUUCACAAGCUUCCAAUCUGGCAAACUGAUGACGACUGGGUCGAAGACAAGGCAAUGGUUUAUCCUAAGUCGAAGGUUCCAAGAGACAACACAGACGCAUUGUCCAAGGGAACAUGGAGGUCGAGGGACUUGCUUCCGGAUGACUGGAUUCCUCAAGAGGUUAUGAUAUACCAACAGACACCUGAUUUAAGUGACGAUACGCCAAAUGGUGUGUGGGGAACUGACCCAGCUUCAAAACCCGAUGAAAAUGGGCAGUUUAAGCCAAAGGAUGUCCUUUUCUACCCCCCAAGCGAAUCUCCAGAGGAAGAAAUUGUCCCUCGAGGAAGAUGGGCAAUGGGCAGCAAAAAGCAAUGGCCACCAGCCUCCGAGGAAUCGCCAAAGAUACCACAUCGCGUGAGCUCACUGAAACGGCAGAAAGAGACAACGACGCUGCCUGUUUGGCAAGACAAGGAUGAUUGGGUGCCAGUGAAGGCAAUUGUAUUCCCCAAGAAUGAAGCUCCAGAAGAAAAUCGGGAUGAUACAUCAAGGGGCAUUUGGAAAUCGAAGGACCCGCUGCCGGAAGAUAUGGUGCCAAGUGAAGUCAUAAUACAUCCAACCAAUGCCCAAAUCGACAAGGAUGCUCCUACUGGCGUAUGGGGAACCAACUCUUUUUCAACUCCAGAUGAAAAUGGGCAGUGGAAACCUGAAGAUGUUUUCUUCUAUCCUCCAAGCGAGAAACCACAAGAAGACUGUACUCCCCGCGGUAGAUGGGAAUUGGGAGAAGAUACGCCUUCUUGGCCACCCACAACUAGGCCUCCAAAGCAACCCAACCGUGUGGAGAGUCCAGCAUCAAGGCAACGCCCUGCGCAAGAUGCUUCAAAGUUGAAAGCCCCUUUGCCUUUUGACGGAAGUGGUCAUUCAAGGAGCCAACGUCGCAAAUCCCAGCAGCGACCAUCGUUACCGUCAAUUCUGGAAGAAAACUGGGAUUCUCUUCCUGCCACAGUUAUUCCACCCUGUGACUCCAAUGAGGCACCGGAAGAUUCAACGGAACCACAUCUCGGAACUUGGAAGCAUGAUGACAAUAUUGAUGAUAGUGAUUGGGCUCCCUAUGGUGUCAUCAUCAGCAAAAAUCGACCGGAUGGCCUUGGACAAGAUGAACCUCACGGAGCAGUAGCGGUUGAUGAGGGUGCGAAGCCAAAUAGCGCUGGAAAGAUAGAUCCAGAACGGUUGCAUUUCUUCACACCAGGAGAAGAACCGAAGGCUCCUAUGAAAAAGGUGGGCAUCUGGAGACCUGAAUCACCCACAGCAGGAUGGCCACCACAGGGGAAAGGAUCAAAAAAGCCUAGCUUUCCAUCAAUUCUGGACGACAACUGGGACAUUCUUCCUGCAAUGGUGAUUCCAGCCUCAGAUGAGGAAGCAGAAAAGACACCUGAAGAUCCAAGUGAUCCACACCUUGGGACCUGGAAGCCAAAUAAGGAUACAAAUGAUAAAGAUUGGGCUCCAUUUGAAGUCGUGGUCAACAAAACUGAACCAGAUGACAUCUCCGAAGAUGAACCUCACGGCAUUGUUGCAGUUCCAAAGGGUGUUGAACCAAACGAUGCAGGCAAGUUGGAUCCCAAGGAUUUGCUCUUCCUUCCACCAGGAGAGAAGCCUGAUUCUGGUAUGAAGGAAGUUGGUCACUGGAGACCAAAGAAAGUUGACGGAGACUGGCCUCCGCCAAAGAAGGGUUUUACAAAAGCACAGCUUCCAACAAACAAGCUACCAAAGUGGCAGACUGAUAGCGAUUGGACCAAGGGCAGAGCCGUAGUUUACCCGAAGGAAAUUGCACCGAAGAAGAACGAGGACAAUGUCACCAGAGGUAGUUGGCAUACAGAGACACCGCUAUCAGAAGAGUCAUUCGCAGACCUUUUGGAACCCCAAGAGGUCACCAUUCAACCAGUUGGUGCAGAGCAAAAAGCAGAUGUUCCAAAUGGAGUUUGGGGAACAAAUGUAGCCUCGGAACCUGACGAAAAUGGACAAUGGAAACCCGAAGAUGUUCUCUUUUAUCCUCCCAACAAGAAUCCUGGAGAGGGAUAUAUACCAAGAGGACGAUGGUCCCUUGUUGGCAGCGCUCCCAGAUCCCUUCUUUCCCCCCAGCCACCAAAACGAUCAAGCUCUCCCUCUCCUAUUCUUCCUAGAAAAGGAGAAUGGUCUGCAAGAAGCCCAACGACUCCAAAUUCCUCAAGACAAGUUGGAAAAUUAAAAGUGCCCAAUGUUUUUGGUGAAAUGGCUCCACCCAUUAGUCCUGGACGCCCUGGUCGUCGUCCAAAACGAGUCUCAAAGCUGAAAAGAGAAAGCAGUUUGGUGAAUUGUGACAAAUCCAUCCUAGACGAUAAUUGGACGACACUUCCUGCAAAGGUAUUCCCAGUAUCAGCGGCCAUCAACAUGGCUGCUCCUGAUGCGACUGAUCCAGUUAUUGGAGUCUGGAAGCCAAAGGACAACAGCAAUGACUCGAAUUGGGCACCUCUAGAGGUGAUUGUGGAGAAGGAGGAACCCAAAGAUUUGGACCCAGAUGAGCCACAUGGAAUUGUUGGUGUCAAGGAAAAUGCAAAACCCACAGUUAAUGGAAAACUUAAACCAACUGAUGUUGUUUUUUAUCCACCUGGGGAGGAACCACAGCCAGGUGAUGAUGUCAAGAAGGUUGGUUCCUGGAGAGAUGGCAAACUGAAUAAGAAGUGGCCCCCAGCAACUGUUGAGGAAGAUUCCACGGAUAAGAAGGCAAAAUCAAAUAAUGCUGUUCCAUCAGUUGUGGACAACAAUUGGGACACCCUUCCCGCUGUUGUGAUUCCAGCUUCAGACGCAAAUAACGCACCGGAAGAUGCAACUGAUCCACACCUUGGAACUUGGAAGCAAAACGACAUGACAGAUGACAAGGAUUGGAGCCCACUAGAUGUUGUAGUCAAUAGGACUGAACCUGAUGAUUUUGCUCCCAAUGAACCGCACGGUAUAGUAGUUAUUCCUGAAGAUUCUAAACCAAAUUCUUUUGGCAGGUUGGAUCCAAAAGACCUCCAAUUCCUUGCACCAGGCAAAAAGCCUGAUACUGGUAUGAAGGAAGUUGGCCAUUGGAGACCAAAGCAAUGGAACGGCAAGUGGCCGCCAACAAAGAAAUCUGCAGAGAAAUCACCUCCUCUAACCAAGAAGCUACCAAAGUGGCAGACUGACAGUGGCUGGAGAAAAGACUCGGCUAUCAUUUUCCAGCCUGACAAAGCACCAAAGAAGAACAAGGAUAACGUGAGCAGGGGUAUUUGGAAAACAGAUGAACCUUUACCAGCCGCUUUACCAGCGCAAGAGGUUAUUAUUCAACCCAUUGGUGCAGAGCUAGAGGACGAAGGCAAACAAAACGGAGUAUGGGGUACCAGUGCAGAUUCUGUGCCCGAUGAAAAUGGACAGUACAAACCCGGCAAUGUUUUGUUUUAUCCUCCCACCAAGGAACCUGGAGAGGAGUGUAUCCCAAGAGGUCGAUGGUCACUUGUUGGUCCUGCCCCCGAGUCUGUUGCUUCUGCAUCCACAAAACCAACCCGCAUCCUUUCGCCGAUGGCUCCUAGCAACAAGGAAUUCAAAUCGCCUCGCCUACCAGGGAAAGUUGAAAGUAACGGAAGUGAAGAAGAAGCAGCAAAGUUAGCAAGAAAGGUUGGAAAGCUCAAGGUGCCUUUUGCUUUUGGCCAGAAGCCAAAUACGGAUGCUCCUAUCAGCCCAGGGCGAGCUCUAAGUCGAUCACCUGGUCGCCCUGGAUCUGCUCGCCGCCCACUUCGCAUGUCCAAAUUCAACAAACAAGCAAGUUGGGUGAAUCGCGGAAAGUCCCUCCUGGACGAUGACUGGGCCACACUUCCAGCUAAGGUCAUUCCAAAAUCAACAUCCAAAGAUGUUGUCCCUGAUGUAACCAAUCCUGUGAUUGGUGUUUGGAAGCACAAGGAUGACGCCACAGACGACUCCGAUUGGGGUCCUCUGGAUGUGAUUGUUGCAAAGGAAGAACCUAAAGACCUGGCCCCAAAUGAACCACAUGGAGUGGUCGUUGUCAAACGGGAUGCAAAGCCCACAACAGAUGGAAAGCUGAAACCGGACGAGGUUGUUUUCUAUCCACCUGGAGAAGAGCCUGAACAGGACAUGAAUAAAGUGGGUACAUGGAGAACUGGCAAGUUGAAUAGUCCAUGGCCGCCAGCAAAGAUUGAUAAAGCAGCAGCCCCCAUUAGAAGAGGCAAAUUGGCAACUCCAGUUAUCUCGGGAGAACCCAAGGUUGCAGGCAUCAAAAAAGUUCUGACGAAGACUGAAGAUGAUGAAUCUGGAAAGGGCGACGGUGUUGCUACAAAAGCUGCAGAAAAAGAGCCAAACCCCGAUGAAGCAACUGAUUCCAAGCCUGCUGCUGAGAAACCAGUGAUUGAACCAACCUCAACCACUACAGCCCAGCCACCGCCAAAACCUUUUCGAGCUUCAACAAGUGUGAUCCAAGCAACCAAGCCAAAGCCACAACCACUACGAGCUUCAACAAGUGUGAUCCAAGCAACCAAGCAGGAUCCCAAUAAUCCUCCUGCACCACGAAAGAGAGUCGGAAAGCUGAAGUUACCAGCUGCCUUCAGCGGGAAGUAA